UCUUGAAUUGUGAGGUUUCCUUUCUAGAAACAGGGAACUGCGAGUUCAGGUUAUUAUGGGGUGCAUUUGCUCCAAAGGAAUUUCAGCAAACGAGUAUAUAGAUAAGGAAUCGAAGAGAUCAUCGAAGCGGUUUAUUGGUUCCUCAAGAAGGGAUGAGGUUGCAGUGGGGGUUGAUAAUGGUGGUAAUGAAGCUACUACUCGGCUUAUUUCGGAGGGUAAUGGAGAAAAUGCAGCAGCUUCAGGACAAACAUUGUGGGAUGACGGAGAGAGGAGGGGUGCGGCUUAUGAGCAACCACUUGAGCAACUGUCUCAAAAACCCGCCAAGGUUGAGACUGAAGCGAAUGGAGGGAUACAUCAGCCGGCAAUGUGUAGAGUAUUUAGCAUUGCCAAUGGAGUUGAUGGUGCACAAGAGGCUGCGGGUUGGCCGUCUUGGCUGACUGCCGUGGCAGGGGAAGCAAUUAAAGGAUGGUUGCCCCGAAGGGCAGACUCAUUUGAGAAAUUGGACAAGAUUGGACAGGGAACAUACAGCAGUGUUUACAGAGCUCGUGAUCUUGAAACUGGAAAUAUUGUUGCCUUAAAGAAGGUAAGGUUUGCUAAGAUGGAUCCAGAAAGUGUUCGUUUUAUGGCAAGGGAAAUCAUCGUUCUGCGUAGAUUAGACCAUCCAAAUGUGAUGAAGCUUGAAGGUCUACUCACGUCUAGGGUGUCGGGCAACUUGUAUCUUGUAUUUGAGUACAUGGAUCAUGAUCUUGCUGGGCUUGCAGCAUCCCCUAUGAUUAAGUUUACAGAAGCACAGAUCAAAUGUUACAUGCAGCAGUUACUUUGUGGGCUAGAACAUUGCCACAAACAUGGAAUCCUGCAUCGUGACAUCAAGGGCUCAAAUCUCUUGAUUGACAACAAUGGGAAUCUAAAAAUUGGAGAUUUUGGGCUGGCCACCAUUUUUAGCAGCAAUCAGAGACAACCUCUAACAAGUCGAGUUGUUACUUUGUGGUAUCGGCCUCCUGAGCUUUUACUAGGUGCUACCGAUUAUGGAGUAGCUGUUGACUUGUGGAGUGCCGGUUGCAUCCUUGCGGAACUUUUUGCUGGCAAGCCUAUAAUGCCUGGAAGAACAGAGGUGGAACAAUUACAUAAAAUUUUUAAACUUUGUGGUUCACCAUCUGAAGAGUACUGGAGAAAAUCAAAGUUGCCUCAUGCUACAAUUUUUAAACCACAACAGCCUUACAAGCGCUGCAUGGCCGAAACAUUCAAGGAUUUCCCGCCAUCGGCUUUGGCACUUUUGGAUUCUCUCCUUGCAGUUGAACCUGAAAACCGGGGAUCUUCGUCUUCUGCAUUACAUAGCGAGUUCUUCACAACAAAGCCUCUUCCUUGCCAUCCUUCAAGUUUGCCCAAGUACCCACCUAGUAAGGAGUAUGAUGCCAAAAUGCGGGAUGAUGAUAUAAGAAGGAAUAAAGCAAGUGCUGGGAAAGCACGUGGAGUGGAAUUAUUCAGAAAGGGCACAAGAGAAUCUAGAGCUCAGCCAGCACCUGAUGCUAAUGCGGAAUUGCAGGCAUCCGUACAGAAGCGGCUAGAGCAACAAAACCCUAAAAGUAGUAGUGAGAAAUUCAAUCAUGAAGAAGAUGGUGGUUCGGGGUUCCUUAUUGAACCUUCUAGAGGAUCCUUACAAUAUGGCAUCCAUAGUGGCCAGUUGAAGCAACCUGGAGUCCCAGAAAGACUGGAUGAACGUCAAGCCGGACUUGAUUCAUCUCAGCAUUAUAAAUCUCGUGGAGCUCAUUUGUCCAAAUUUUCAAAUUCAUUAGCUUGGCAUGGUAGUUCACGGUUGGACCAUAGCAAAGGUUCUAGUGCACAUUGGCCCGAAGAUCGACCAAAUGGAAAGUAUCAUCAACUAAAUGAUGCGGAAUCAUCUCACCAUAUGCUGGACGGGCCGAAUGGCUCUUACAAGAAGCAUGAGCAUCCACCUGGAAAGGGUUAUGCUCCCAAGAAAAACCGGAUCCACUACUCUGGACCAUUAGUUCCGCCUGGUGGAAACAUGGAUGAAAUGCUUAAAGAGCAUGAAAGACAAAUUCAACAUGCUGUUCGUAAAGCUCGUCUUGACAAGACCAAGACCAAAAAGGGAUACGCCGAUAAUGGCCAAAGGGAAUCAUUACUGCAGUACAGCGGAAAUGUUAGGUGAACUUGUUAAGUAGAAAUUCUCAUUCAUUUCCUGAGGAAUCAGGUAAAUGCGCGAUUAUGUGCAUCCAGUUCCAAGAUUAAGAAGAUGCGGUUAACUGAGAAGAAAUUUGAGUGUUUCGGGCUUCCAAAUUGCACAAAUAUUAUUGUUUUUGGAUGGAAACAUGGUGGGUUUUCUCUUGUAUAGCUUUAGCCUGGUAUUCUGAAACUAAGGUUUUACUUAAUCUAAUGUAAAAGGUUACAAAAUAUUUUAGGAAAAAACUUUGUAAUUUCUUUCUUGGUUACUUGGCGAAACGGCCAAAUGAGAACACGUAAAGGCGGAUUGGAUUCUGUGCUUAUGAACUGUGCCGA